AUUCCUUUAAUUCGAUCUCAUUCUUGAUCCCCUGUUGUACAUUUUCUAGUACUGUCCACAUGCACGAGGUGUUGAAGCCUCUAAAUAAUCGUCUUGCAGGUCCGUUGUACAUUUAUAAUAUUGGCUUGUCUGUAGGUACUAUCAAUCUUUUAAUUAAUUCCAAACUUCUCUUCCCUUAUGCAAAAUCAGAUAAAAUAUUAGUAGAAAAAGCAAAACCAAGCCCAAAAAAGAAAAAAUAAAAAAUAAAUGUUUUUCUUAGAAAUAGGGGUUUUAUAAACAAUAGGAUCUGUAUGCAACUAAUUUCUGUCCCUCUCUCAUGGCCGAUGCACCUGGAGUAAGGUUUUUACUUCUGUUUCUACUUUCAACAGCUCUAGAAGCUGGGCAGAAUCCCUCUAAUACGAUAAGCUUGGGUUCUUCACUCUCUCCCAACGCUUCGCACAAAUCGUGGCUCUCACCAUCUGGCCUCUUCGCAUUUGGUUUCUACCCAAAAGGCAAAGGAUUUGCAGUUGGAAUAUGGCUGGCUAGUAAGCCUGCAACCACUGUUGUCUGGACUGCAAACCGAGACGACCCACCACUCUCCUCAAACACCACACUUGAGUUCACCAAAUACAGUGGGCUUUUCCUUUGGACCCGGAAAGGGGAAGGAAAAUCAAUUACAUAUGAUCUCGAUGAGGAUGCAGUUUCAGCUUCUAUGCUUGAUACUGGUAAUUUUGUGAUCUACAACAAUCAAUCCAACGUUACCUGGCAAAGCUUCGAUUACCCAACAGAUACUCUAUUAGGCAGUCAGUAUCUGGAUUAUGGCGAAGAGUUGCUUUCCAGUGUAUCGACAACAGAUCAGUCAAGUGGACGGUUUCAUCUCAGAAUGCAAAGUGACGGAAAUCUUGUUGCGUUCCCUGUCAACAGUUCUGAGGAAACUAGAGACUCUUAUUGGCAAACACACACGGAGACUUUUGGUAGAGAUUAUUCUGAAUACAUUGUGUUAGAUCUCAACAGUAGAGGCCUUCUAUGUUUACGCAAUUCUUCUGGUGGUAUUUGUGUGCACACUCUAGUUAACAGCUCAUAUUCUGGCAAUAACAAGACGAUAAUUUACCGUGCAACACUUGAUGCUGAUGGAAAUUUUAGGCUAUACUCCCAUAGCUUUGGGAUCGGUAAUAACUCUACCGGGUUGAAACAGUGGUCGGCAUUGCAAAACCAAUGUGAUGUUAAAGGAAUCUGUGGUGUUAACAGCUUCUGCUCGAGCACUGAUCAUUCCAUAGCCAAUUGUUCUUGCUUUCCUGGUUUCACUUUUCUCAACCACGAUAAGAUGUUCCUGGGCUGCUACCAGAGUUUCAUCGAUGAUGAAGGUUGCACAAGGAAAGACCCAACAUCGAUCUACAACAUCACUGUUUUAAGAAAUGGGGAGUGGGCUGGCUAUCCUUAUUCUGUGAUCUUGACAAAUAAGGAAGAAGAUUGUGGUCGGUCUUGCCUGGAAGAUUGUAAUUGUUGGGCAGCUCUGUAUCUGAAUCAUACUUGCAAAAAGCAUAAGCUUCCAUUGUUAUAUGGAGUUUCAAAACCAAAUGAGUCAAUCACGGGCUUCAUCAAGAUUGGAACUGCCCAAAUUGCAGGCCAUAACCCCUCAGUUCCAGGGAGCCAUCCUUCAAAUUCAAGGAAUCUGAAGGUUGUGGCUGAAAAAAAGAAAGCACUUAUUCUGAUUCUAGCUGUGAGUUUGGGUUGCCUUGCAUUAUUGUGUUCUGUCAUUGCAAUCUAUAGUUUUUUAAUCUAUAUACGUCGAGUUCAUAGAUACAGAAGACUGUCUGGAAAUUCAAGUUUGGGCUUAAAUGGAGAGUUUACUCUACGAUCGUUUUCUUAUAGUGAGCUUGAGAAAGCUACAAAUGGGUUUAAGGAAGAGUUGGGUAGGAAUUCUUUUGGGGCAGUGUAUAAAGGGGCUGUAUUUGAUGCCGAGGGUAAAAAGAUCGUUGUUGUAAAGAGACUGGAAAGAGUUGUGGAAGAAAGCGAAAGAGAGUUUCAAGCAGAAAUGACCGCAAUUGGGCAGACUCAUCACAGGAACUUGGUUCGAUUACUUGGUUUUUGCAUAGAAGGCGCUAGCAAGCUUCUUGUUUAUGAAUUCAUGAACAAUGGCUCGCUGGCAAAUCUUCUCUUCAAGGUUGAAAGGCGCCCGAGUUGGAAAGAAAGAGUGAAAAUUGCAAUGGACGUAGCAAGAGGGAUUUUAUAUCUACAUGAAGAGUGUGAGACCCGUAUAAUCCACUGCAACAUAAAGCCUCAAAAUAUACUUAUGGACGAUUCUUGGACAGCCAAGAUAUCUGAUUUUGGAUUAGCAAAAGUUUUGAUGCCAAAUCAAACUGGAACCCUCACUGGGGUCAGAGGGACAAGAGGAUAUUUGGCACCCGAAUGGCACAGAAACACCCUGAUAUCAGAGAAGGCAGACGUUUAUAGCUUCGGAGUUGUGCUGUUGGAGAUCAUAUGUUGCAGAAGUAACAUGGAGGUUAAUGUGUCUACAGUGGACGAGGUACUUCUUAUUGAUUGGGUAUAUGAUUGCUUUGCGGCUAGAGAGUUGGAAAAGCUUGUGGGAGAAGAAGAAGUAGACAUGAAGACCCUGGAAAGGAUGGUGAAGGUUGGAUUGCGGUGUAUUCAAGAUAAUCCAAGUCUGCGUCCCUCGAUGAAGAAUGUGAUCCUCAUGUUAGAAGGCACUAUGGAUAUACCGGUCUCUCCAUCACCAACUGCUUCCACUGUGAUGGUUUGAUAUAUAACUUCUAUUACAUAAAAUAAAGUGUUCUCUGAAUGUGAAAUAGAAAGUUGUUAUAUAUCUAGGUCAUCAAUGGAACCAUAUACUAAAUAAAGAUAUGUUAAAUUGCUGCAUAUCGAGCUUAAGAUACGUUAGUAAAGAUAUGUUCAUUUCCUUUUCUUUCCUCA